AUGUCCGGCGUGCUUAUCUUCAAGCAUGGCAACGGUGUUCGUGAGAAACUGCUUGCUCGUAAUGCAGUCUCGGAGAAGGAGGAGGAGACGGUCUGUCUAUGGCCCCUCUUCCAACGAAGGAAGAGUGGGCGUUCUGGUCAAUCAUUAUCGUCGUCGCUCAUUCGGAGUGAGUAG